AUGUCUCGACUAAUAGAUCAAUGGCCCACGCCGGCGAAAGUCCGACCUGUGAAAGUGAUCGUCGCUAGCCCCAGCCGCUCGGGAACGCUUGGACUUUACAGCGCGAUGCAAAUACUCGGUUUCAGACCGUAUCAUCUCUACGAAUGCAUCUUGGUUCAUGGCUUGUCGCACAUGAGGGUUUUCAAGGAGGCAAUUAUUGCCCAGUAUAAUCGCAUGUCAGGAGUCAAACGAUAUACAAGGCCUGAUUUCGAGAAGUGGAUCGGAGACUAUGAUUGCCUUGUCGAGAUCCCCAGUUACUUGGGCAAGAAUAUUUUCGAGGCAUACGCAAAUGACCCCGAGGUCAAGUUCAUUCUCACCGAACGCAGGCCAGACAGUUGGGCGCGGUCCCUCAACAACUCUGCCGGUGGAGUUGUUGCCCUUUCUUCGCAAUUCCCUUUCAACAUCUUGAAGCACUUCGACGCGACUCUACACGAAUUCUUGGAAGUCAAUUGCAUGGUGUACUCAGCCCUUUCUGGCUGCACCAAGCCCGGCGAUCCGGACAACGAGAAAGAGCUGAUCAGCUAUUAUGACGACAUCAAAAUGGCAAAGGAAACUAUUCCCGCUGAUCGUCUUUGUAUUAUUAAACUCGAGGAAGGUCUCGGCUGGGAACAAAUCUGCCCCUUCUUGGGCCUGCCAAUUCCUGAGGAAGAAUAUCCUGACCGCAACGGGCCUGAGAGGUUUAAGAGGAUCGUCGAAAAUUUCCUCAAGCCACAUAUGCUGGCUGCAACGCUUCGACUCGGUGCGGUAACUUUACCUGCUCUGGGUGUUCUUGGAUGGGCAUCAAUGAAAUAUGGCCCAUCUCUUCUGGCUACACUGAACUCAAGCUUAUGA